AUGUCCACCGACCCCAAGACCAAUAUCGAUGAUGUCUCAGGCGCUUCCCUUACAACUGAGGUCACUCAAGCCGACAAGAUCCGCAAUACCAUGGCGUUAGACUUCGUCACUGGUCCUAUCGAUGCUCCUGAUGGCACUUCCAAGCUUGUACCUGCGCCGCCUUCUACACCACCUGCACAGUCAACAGAAGAAGAGACUUCGUCGCCCAUCGUGGAUACUCCCGACACCGUCGUGACCGCACCUAGGGAAGAGCCUGAAGCUUCUGGUGACGAAAACCUGGAUGAUGGCGAGGAUGUACCCGACGAUCAGCGCGAGUUCACCUGUAUGAAUGACGAGCACACGCGCUGCAUGACCGGCCAGUACACCAAGGACCUAUCGCGCAAGGUCAUCUCCGAUCACUUCGGCCGCAACAAAGCAUGCACCCGCGACGUCACCGACUGGCCCCUCUUCUGUCGCAAGCACUACCAGCGUGCGACUUACAACAAAAAGAAGUGGCAGAUCCGCAAGGUUCAGCUCAUCCUCCGCCAGUUCGAUACGAUUGAGAAGGAGUUCCCGGGCACCACAUACGACAUCGCGUUCAAGAAGUCCGAGGAGGCCCGCCUCAACUCAUACUCCCGUCAAGUCGCUGCAUCCAGAGGACCCUUGGCCGCGGCGAAGAGCGUCCAGCCCAAGGAAGGCAAGCACUUCGAGGCGCCCAUUGACGUCCUCCGUGAGCUGGACCAGUAUGUCGGUGCUGACAAGAGCCAUGAUCAAGUUCAGAAGAUUGUCGAUAUCAUCCUCCAGAUGCUUGAGGAUAAGGAGACUGACCAGGUUCCUUCGAUCGAGUUUCUCCCCAAGCUCCCUGGCAAGACUGCUUCUCCCAAGAAGGCCCUGGCUAAGGCUCGCGCACCAAAGUCUCUGGCAAAAUCUCCCAAGACCCCUUCUCGCACCUCCAGCAAGGGUGCAGUCAAGAAGCCUCUGCAGAAGGCUUAG